ACUUCAUCCAAUUUAUAAUUGUCCUUCCAUGCAGUUUAAUAUUAUUUGUUUUACUUUUCCAAUUAAUAUUUUUUCAUUUAUUAAAUUGUUUAAAAUAAAUAUUUUUACAUUAAAUUUCGCAAAGAGCUCAAACCAAGACAUUUCUGUUUUGACAAAUGCAUAAUUUUAGGAUUACGCAUAGGUUCGCCGCACAUGCGCAUUCGCACAUAAAACUAAACUUGAGCAGAGACCACGCGGCAUCAACCGACCUGGACCUGUUCCUGCGCCAGAGAGAGACUGGUAGCAUCAUAUCCACAUUUUACGGAUUAUAUUCUGAAUAAAGAAAGUUGCCGGCCGUGGCUGCCAUGGACAUGGCUGCGCUGGAGUCCGAGGUAGGAAACCCAAACGCCGCCGUGUUUGGGUGAUAGAGUUUAGAUCGGGUUAGAUUAAAUAAUCUCGGAUAUAAAUAACAAUAAUCGUUUUAAAUAACUUCACAUGGUGUGUCUGCUGUGUUUCCAGCAUUCGUAGUGUUGAUCAGCAGAUAUAUAGUCCGCCAAGACGUUGAGGUUGCUUAGUAACCAGAGUCUCUGUCCAUGCAAGUGAACGGAGCGUUCCCUCUUCGUCAUAACUAUCAAACCAAACAUCCUUCACAUUCACCGAGCGAACAUUAUGAAAGUAAAAUGCACAUUUCUCGCUAAAAAUGUUUCCAUAAAAGCAUUUAAUGGCGUAACUAUGUUACUAUUUCCACACAGAAUAAAGAAAGAUGUCGGCCGUAUGCUUCUGUCCAAGCUCACUACUCUCUGCCAGUGACGUCGGGUCAAGCUCAACGCUGAUUGGCUAUUGCCAAUCAGCGUUGGCUGGCUUCUUUCAGCUAGAGUUGCGUUCCAUCAAUAUGACUUAAGGGAAUUUCCGCUAAGUAACCAUGGCAAUUUAUCCGACCAAACUAACCUGGUCGGGAGCAGGUUAACUGUCAGGCUAACUUGAGCGGUGUUUCAGAGAAAUCCAUCUGUCAGCAACAAUUGUAGGCUACCAUCAGAAGGUUCCGCCAAAACUAGUCCUCACAAUUUUGUCAUAGAUGUACAUAUAUAAAGUACAAACAGCGUAUAUUUUCACUAAGGGUCUAAUGAUGCAAAUUAAAUAAUUCAAUUAAUUGCUAUAUCUAUUAUAACUGUGGCUAUUUUCACAACACAUUUUCACACAAAUGUAUGUAUUAUCGCGUGAUCACUAAUCAGCUGCUGGGUGAAUGGUCUAGCAGCACUGCGAGUGAUAUGCGCGACCCGAGUUCGCGUCCAGACUAAUGCUAGUAUUCUUGGCGUUGGCUUCAUUUUGUAAUAACCUUUAUUAAUUGUAUUAAUUCCCUAAUUAAGAAUAUUCAAAGAAAUGGAAAAUAAUUGGCAUGAAAAGUUAUUUGAUUUCUCUAGUAAUCCUUCCUAUAUUACUAUUACUUGCGUGGGGAUAGAACCCCGGACGACCGGGUGCAAGUCCGACACGUUAACUCGAGACUAUCUACCUGCUUUAAAAUCCAUGGUCAAUAUUAUAUUAAAAUAUGUUACGCUUAAUACUACUCAUGCAUUCAACAGAUCGCCGAUUUUUGUGUCAGGCAGCCUCUCUGUUUCUAUUAUUGGUUACGGUGUUCCCUUUUUGAGUUAUUAUAUGCGUGUACUCCUCAUAGACCUCCACAAGUAUGGCAAGCCGAGUGUGCCACAAUUCGACUUCAAUGAAACGCGUUCUGAAACGCCAGCACGCGCGCCAGAACGCGUUCCGGUUUUCCAGAACGCGUUUCAUUGAAGUCGAAUUGUGGCACACUCUGCUUGCCAUACUAUGGCAAUCCGCUGGAAAAGAUCCCGCUCGGUCCUUUUCGGACAUUUUCGGACAUUUGAUCGAUGAUUCGACAUUCACGGUUUAUUCAACGCUGGUUACAUAUCUCGUGAACGCGCGUAAUCCAGGAUAACGUUAGCCUGGCUUGAACUAACCUGAGCAAGGCGCGGCUGAACUGCGUUGAUGGAACGGCUUUAGCCUCAAGUAGAAGUUGGCGCUAGUUCUAACCAGGCUUAAUCAACUAAUAGCCGCUUUCGUUAGCUACUUUGAUGGAAUACCCCUCUGCACUGACUAGUUUGAUAGUUUGAUGGGAAUUUCCUUCCACGUGAGUAACGUCAAUACUGAACUCCAUUGAAAAAAACCGUCAAAUUAACGCAACGAUGAUUGUGAUGGAUCGCCUGGUAACUGGUCAUUUAAGUUACAUUGUUACCGAAAUGAGUCCACAUUUAACUACAGAAUAUGUGCCGAAUUACAUUGAAGUGGCUAAUGAAUGUUAUCUUUUCAAUAUUAUCUAUGUUGUUUAUCCUAGACUCCUCUAAACAAGGCUUGUUGUAAAUGGUUUUUUUUUUCUUAUUUUUAUAAGGGAGUUCUGCAGGCAGCUUGACAGAGUACAGUAUCUCCACACACCUCCAGCAUUUCAGAGCAGAUGAUACUGCUUAUUGUUCCAUGACUUUAAACAUAAUUUCAUAUACUUAUUCAUAUGUUAAUUCUUAAGAUCUCUGUGGGUAGUUAAUUAUAUUUUAUUAUACAUUUAUUUAGCAAAUGUGUGUGUGUGUGUGUGUGUCAGUCAUCAUGGUCAUUUAAGUUUUGUUUUUUUUACUGAAAUAAGUCUACAUUUGCCUACAAAAUAGGUGCCGAAUUAUAACAACAAAAUGUUAUUUUUUUAUAAAUAUCAUCCAUGUUGCUUGUCCCUAAGACUACUCAAACAAGACCUGUUUUAAAUUGUGUACUUUUAUAAGGGAGUUCAGCAUGAACCAGGCGGUUCAGUUUCUUUUCCAGGCUGUUCAGUUGCUUUUUAGCGCCUAGAGCAGAGAAUACUGUUUUUGUUAUUUUCAUGAUUUUGAAACCUAAUUUUUCACAGACAUUAAUUAAAAUAAACAGAGUUAAACUCAAGACAGGUGCCCAGGUAAAGCCUAUGUAUGAGAAACAUUGCUAACGUUACCAGAGGGUUGUACUACGAACAUAGAUUAAACAGAUAGUUAGGUAACUUCAGCCUUAACACACACAUACACGCACGUCUCUAUAUGGGUGUCCACACAGGUCUCCAACAGUACAUUGUUUGCAUUAAAGUUAAAUCAUAAUCUGUCAUUGAUUUGAAUAUUUAAAUUUGUUAUGUUUACAAAGAAUGAGAUAAUCAAACUGUCUUUCUCACUCACUCUAGCUAGGAUAUCAUCACAUUCCUCUAUCAUCGGUGGAAAGAUCUCUUCAGCCACGACCUUAUCAUCGCUGCUGUUAAGGUAUCUGAUGAAUGUGGAGGUGCAAGGACUGUGACUAUUCAUGUACCAGAAGAUCUGAAUUGCUUAAGCAUUAUAGACUAGAUCAUCAACAUUAUGGAAGGCACCAUCCUUACCUCUGUCUAUAUGAAAACUGUCCAUUUUCAUGUAAAACAUGGAAUGCUUUAAAGAAGCAUCUUUCUACAAACCACUUUUCUCAGCAAUCCUCAACAGAAGAGAUCUCACAUUUGAAGUGCCACGUUUGUGGGUACUCGCAACUUUCUACUGAAACUGACUUUUUUCACCACAUUGGCCAACAUUUGAAGAAUAAUGAAUCAGUUCCUUGUAUGUAUGUUGAUUGUUCAUAUCAAACCAACAUAUAUGGAAGUUUUCACACUCACAAAUGGAGAAAACACAAAGUGUGUACAGUUGGAGAUUUAAAACCUGGAAUAGUUCACAGGUCAAUCGUCAAUCCCUCUGCUUUAGAUUCAAGUAACAGUGACACUGAGUUGAAUGAAGAUUUACUAUUUGAUGAACCAACUUUUGAAGAACCUAGAGAUUUGACAAAAGAUGUUGAGCUAAAAUUAGCCUCAGUUUUACUGAAAUUAGAACAUAGUUACCUGGUGUCAAGUGCAGCUGUAAAUUUACUCCUUGAGGAACUGCAAUAUCUCAUUGGGACUGUUUCUGUGCCGGUCACCCAGAAGACUAUCACUCAGUUUUUAGGGGCUCACAAUUGUCAAGUAGAUGGAUCACUUGUCCAAGACUUAGCCACAGAAAUCUGCACAUCACAUCCUAUUCAACUCGCUAUCGGAACACAAGGCCCAUUGUCUACUGCAUGGAAGCGCAACAAAUAUUAUAUUACUAAGUUUAGUGUAGUGGAACCAGUAGAAUUUGUAAUUGACCAAAAGAACAGAAGGUCUUUUCAAUAUAUUCCUGUACUAAAAACGUUGCAGCAGGUUUUGAACUGUGAGACUAUCCUAAGCAGUGCAGUUAAUUUGAACGAGAAACUUCAAUCAGUGUUAAGUGAGAAGCAGGUUUACAGAUGUCUCUGGGAUGGUGCAAUUUUUAAAGAAAACACACUUUUCUCAAAUGAGUGUGCCGUUUCCUUAAUUCUCUAUAUAGAUGAUUUUGAGGUGUGCAACCCCCUUGGCACAUCGCGUAAAAAACAUAAAAUCUGUGCCAUAUAUUGGAUUUUAGGCAAUCUGCCACCUGGUUCUCAUUCUUCGUUGUCAUCAAUCUACUUGGCUGCAUUGAUUAAUAGUGAUGAUGUAAAGUUGUAUGGAUAUGACAUUGUUCUAGAACCUUUGAUUAGUGAUAUCCUUAUUUUGGAACAACAUGGAAUAUUUGUGCCCAAGUUAGGGAAAUGUGUAAAGGGAACAAUUCAAUGUGUUGUUGCUGACAACCUCGGUGCCCACGGUAUUGCUGGUUUUUUGGAGAGUUUUUCUGGUGCAUACAUUUGUAGGUUUUGUACAGCCACGAAAUUAGAAAUUCAAACAAGGGACGUAGGGAGUGAAGCAUUCUCUUUGAGGACAGAGGAGGGUCACGGAAGACAUCUUAAAACCCUUGAGGAAGAAUCAUUGGUCAAUUGUUUUGGUGUUAAGAGGAGGUGUGUUUUGUCGGAAAAACUUACUCAUUUUAAUGUCACUACUGGCUUUCCACCUGACAUUGUUCAUGAUUUAUUUGAAGGAAUUGUUCCAGUUGAAGUAGCUCUGUGUCUCUCUGUGCUCACCUCGAAGUACUUUACUUUGAACUUUUUGAAUGACUCUAUAAAAACUUUCCCCUUCAAGUGGACUGAUAAAGCAAAUUGCCCCCAUCCUGUGCCACUGACCUACAAAAUUAGGAGAACAGUUGGUGGCAAUUCUCACGAGAAUUGGAGUUUGAUCAGGUUUUUGCCACUCCUCCUCGGGCAGAAAGUGCCUGCUGAUGAACCUGCCUGGAAUCUCCUCACUGACUUAAAGGACAUUGUGGACCUUGUUGUCACACCGGUGCAUACUGAUGAAACAAUAGCUUAUUUGAAUUUCAAAAUCUCUGAGCAUAGAGUGCGGUUCAAGGAGGUUUUCCCAGACACCAACUUGCUUCCUAAGCAUCACUUCUUAGAACAUUAUCCACAGCUAAUUCGUCAGUUUGGCCCUUUAGUUUCUCUUUGGACUUUACGAUUCGAAGCGAAGCAUAGCUUUUUUAAGAGAGUUGUGCGGCACACUCGAUGCUUUAAAAAUGUGUUGUUGUCCUUGGCACAGAGACACCAAUUAUCCAUGGCACACCAUAUUUACACCUGUGGCUUUCCUAAACCUCUCCUGGAAGUGAAAAAGUUCUCAACUGUUAGCAUUGAUGUCCUGAAAGAUGAUAUUGCACGGGCUGUGAAACACAAGAACCCAAACGUGAAGGAAGUGUCUUUGGCCGAGAACGUCACCUAUAAUGGAUUUAACUACAGACUUGGAAUGAUCCUUGCUCAUGGUUCACUUGAAGGAAUGCCUGCAUUUAUUGAAAUCAUCCAGAUGGUGGUUCUCCAAAAGGAGUUGGUCUUCAUUGUUAGGAAACUAAGUGCUUGGUACCUGGAACACUUUAGAGCCUAUCAACUUGAAAUCUCGCCUACAAAGGAGAUAGAAGUUCUGGAGCCAUCUCAACUGACUGAUCCUUACCCUUUGGCAGACUACACAGUUGGGACAAUGAGGCUUAUCACCCUGAAGCGAUAUAUUCACGUUUAAGGAUCUCUAGACAUGGCGAGUGUCACACGGCUCCUGGUGAUUUUAGAAGAGGACAGUUGCAUCAAGCUGGAGCUUCCGAAUGGCAUCCCUGGCUCCGUUGACGAAGUCAUCGAAGAAAUAAAGAAUAUUUCUGGUCUAACUAAUGAAAUACGGCUUCAGUACUACGAUGCUGACUUCAGCAGUUGGGUUAACUUGACUAAAACUUCAGACCUGAAGGAUCUUGCCACUUUGAAGGUUGUUCAACCCCCCCCUGUGACAUUAGUCUUUGAGCCAGUUGACCUCUCUGUGAAUGAGGCCAAUGUUCACAGCCAAGAUGAUGCAAGUAUCUCUUCAUCUGCAUGCUCAGAUGAUACAUUACCUAAUCUCAACUUAAGGCUGGAAAUGCAGAGUAUCAGAGCAACCAGAUCCUAUCCUAGUGAUGCAGACUUGAGUGAAGUGGCACAGGCGCUCACACAGACACACCCCUGUCUGAAAGAACCAGGGUCCUUCAACCACAGUUACGGAUGGAAACAGAGGCUCAAGACGAAGAUGUAUAACUAUCGCACAUACCUAAAAUCACACAGUUCAUCAUCUGACGAGCUGACUGUGAAUUCUGUCAAAAGAAAAUCCCCCACCGACGCCCACCCAGCAAAGAACAUAAAAAAACCCAGGAGAGCCGAGUCUAACCAUUACCCAUCUCUACCUCAUGGCGAGACCCCUGAGUCCAUGGAACAAGAGAGAAUAGCCCUUUUGACUGAAGUAAAGAAAAGGAACAAUGGCAAAACAAUAAGAGCGAAGAUGGCUCAGACGUUCGCAUUUCGGAGGCAAGAAAUUGUCAACAAGAAAGCAUCUUUGGAGGAUAUUAUUGAGAGAUGGCCAGCACUCUUCGAAGUCCAAGAGAUAAAUGCAGAGUUCCACAGAGUAACCACAAUACCCCUUGAAGCAAGGUUCAUGGAGAAACUUGACGAGAAGUGCAUCGAACUGAUUCAGGUUGUCAGAAAGAAGGGUGGAGCAACUCGGGAGAAGACAAAGCUCCUGCCAGUUGUAGAAAAGGAUACUGAUAUCGGUACAAGGAGGGAGAUCGCUCUCAAAUGUCUCAUCAUCAACAUGAGAGAAUCAAUGGAUGAUCUGGUCCAAGAAUUCCUGGUGUCGGAGAAGGAAGAGGCUGAACACAUUCUUCAGGGGGCAACCAUGGCAAUCUACAUCAUCAGAGAUGCACAAGCUGCACCCAAAGACAUUGGCAUUAUACUUGAGGGACAAGAGGUUGUGAACGAGUUGCCGUCUGUCGCAAAUGCUGUCGCCAUUCUCAUGGGACUCCUUUAUGUUCUCAAUAUGGAAUAUCCAAAGACAUUGAAACAGACAUUUGAAUAUAUCCAGAAAGUCCUCAUGGAGCUGGACCCGAAAGGCAUGACCACCAAGGUCAAGAAGCUCUACGACCAGCUAUACAGUACAGCUUAGUUGCAUCGUAACAGUAGCAAGUAAAGUAGCAUUAGUCAGUAGUAGUGUUUGCUUUUGCAGCUGACUAGCUGGCAUACAUAUGUGGUGUGACUAAUUUGAGAGCUGACUGACUGACUAGAGACUUGACUGACUGACUGACUUGAGACUUGACUGACUGACUUGAGACUUGACUGACUGACUUACUUGCGCCUUGACUGACUGACUGACUUGAGACUUGACUGACUAACUUGAGACUUGACUGACUGACUAACUUGAGACUUGACUGACUGACUGACAUGAGACUUGACUGACUGACUUGAGACUUGACUGACGGAUUUUACAUUUCAGCCAGGUUUGGCAUCUCACUGUUAAUGUCUUGGGAUUGUACACUGUUUGGUUAUAUCAGGAGGAUUUUACAGUUCAGCCAGGUUUGGCAUCUCACCGUUAAUGUCUUGGGAUUGUACACUGUUUGGUUAUAUCAGGAGGAUUUUACAGUUCAGCCAGGUUUGGCAACCCACCGUUGAUGUCUUGCAAUUGUACACUGUUUGGUUAAAUCAGGACGACUUUACAUUUCAGCCAGAUUUGGCAUCCCAACGUUAGUAACUUGGAACACUGUUAAUUUAAAUCAGGGUUUUGACUGUUUUUGAAUUCCAUUUCUCAAGUGUUAAAUUACAACCAUGCAGAUACCCUGUAAAAUGUCAUGUUUUAUCAUUUUAUAAGUUAGUUAAUUGAUAUCAAUGUGUCAUGAGAAUUAUUGAUAUAUAUAUUUUUUAUUAAACAAAUAAUUUCUAUUUAGUUUUAUAUUUUAAAUGAUAAAUAUUUGUUUGAUAAAAUAUAUAUCUUUUUGAUUGGAUAAAGCAAAUAAUUUCUAUUUAGUUGUGUUUCUGAAAUAAUAAAUACUUGUUUGAUAAAAUUAUAUCUCUUUGAUUGGAUAAAACAAAUAAUUUCUAUUUAGUUGUAUUUCUGAAAUAAUAAAUAUUUGUUUGAUAAAAUAUAUAUCUUUGAUUGGAUAAAACAAAUAAUUUCUAUUUAGUUGUAUUUAUUAAAUGAUAAACAAUUGUUUGAUAAAAUCUAUAUAUUUUUGUUAGAUAAAACAUUACAUUUAAAUUAAUUGGCUUCCUUUUAACAAGAAAAUAUGAUUUUGGCCAAGUCUUAAAAUAUAGUUUCCAUGGACAUAGAAAAUACAGUUUGAGACAAGUUUUAUUUUUUCAUUGGCUCAACUUAUACAAUAUAGAUGUGAACUGUUACCCUAAAAAAUUUUAAUUAGUUGAACUAAAAACUUUUUUCAGUGUA